AGAAAGCUUUUUUAAAUUAAAACGAAUUUCCUGGCAAAACGAAGACAAAUCGCAUUGAAAUUUUGGUCGCCGCCCAAAAGUAUGCAACAAACAUUUUAUUUGGCAACAUUUCUGAGGAUUGUAAAUAACUGGAUAUUAGCUGAGACUGCUCGCUGGGCACAGCAUGACAUUAAUUGUGUGUGUCAUCGAUUAUUGCAAGCGACGGCAUUACUUUAACCGUCCUAUUCAAGUGGAAUCAGUCGGAGAGGGCAAGCAGCGGGUUAAGGAUAAUAUUGUGCAUCGACUGCUCUUGCAACUGGAUGCUGUUAGUGGCAACUACUUGCUACGUGAAGUGUUGCAACAGAAGGUGCUCCACAAUUGGCUGCAACAUGAGCAGGGAGUUCAAUUGUUGUGGCUAACUUUACAACCGCCGACACAGCAUAACAUUGACUAUAAGUGGGCCCAAAUGCUGGCUAAGACCAUCUGGGAGCACAUUCAACUGGAGCAGUUAAUGUGCUGGUUGUCCACUUUGGGUGGCGGCUACUCAGCGUUGGGUGACCAAUUUGAAGGCUGCGCUGAGACAGCGGGCAAGAUUUCACUGCAACAACUGUCCAUUGGCCUGAGAUUGGGGAAUCCCCUAUUGCAGGCUCGCUGCAAGCUCUUUUACAGCAUUUCCCUCAUUCAACGUGGUCAAUUGCGCCAGGCUAAGCAACUGAUUCGUUGCCAAUAUCAAUUGGCCAGCUCGAAACUCGAUCAGCGUCUGUUGCGCAUGUGUCAAGGAAUUUGGGAGAGACUACGAUAUGAAUACAGACAGCGCCAAAGGAAGGCGAUUUGUGGGAUUAAUAUUUGAUAUAUUUUACUUAUAAAUAAGGCGUUAUUGUAAGUAGUUUUAGUUAUCAACUGAAUGUUGCACUGUCUGUAAGCGAUCUUGAAAAAAAAAAAAAGGGAAAUAAAUGAUUUUGGAAAA